AAAGUAAACGGUGAAAAGGGGUAACUUAAUUCAAUAAUUGUUCAUGAGGAUUCUGCUUAUCACAUCUUUAUUUGCCGCCAAGCAUGAAGCAAAUCCUUUUGCAGCAAAUGUUAACAAAAGAAAUUGGUCUCCAAAACUAGAGUCUGUCAUGGUGGUGUGUUCUGGCAAUAAUUUACCCUUACUUUUUUUUCGAAAUCAUGCUAACAAUGCACUCGUGAGUCGUGUAUUGCGCCACACAGCGAAACCAACCGCAGCGGCCGCCGGAGCCGGCCCGGAGGAGCAGCAGCACCGCCUGGCCUCAAGCUCAAGGCGUUGAUCCGCUCAGCAGCCCGCGGAGUAGAAUGUCGGUGUCCAGCGGAGUGUUAGCUGCUCAUGUGCCUUAUUUAUUUGAGGUCAUUUAAUCACAGUAUCAAAAUGUUCAGAGUACUUAUAGUGGGAGCAGGCCCAACAGGGGCACUGCUGGCCAAUGCUCUACGACAAGAACUGCAACAGAAAGUUACCAUUGUCAUGUGGGAUAAAUCCAGAGGCACAGGGGGCAGAAUGAGUACAAGUAGGUCACCUGAUGAUCCCAACUGUAUUGCUGAUCUUGGAGCCCAAUAUUUGACAGUAACACCAGAAUAUGCUUCUCAACACUCAAGGUAUUACAAGGACCUGACGGAAGCUGGACUGAUUCAGCCCCUUUCUGGCAAAAUUGAAGGAAUCAAAGAAAAAUAUGUUAACCCUGAAACCAAGAACUAUGUUACACCUAAAGGUAUCAGCUCAAUUGUGAAACACUUCAUCCAGAAAUCAGGUGCUUCUGUGCAGUUUGAACAUCAUCUAUCGAGAGUAGAUAUCCAAGAAGAAUCAAUGGGUAAACCUAAACUCUCUGUGUCUGCGACAACUGCUUCUCAAACCGACAGUGGAUAUGACGCUGUGGUCUUGACGAUGCCAGUCCCGCAGAUUCUAAAACAACAGGGAGUCACUCGACAUUGUCUAGAAAAGGACAAGACACUUCUUGCGGAUCUUGAAGCCGUCCAGUACUCAUCACGCUUUGCUCUUGGUCUGUUUUACCCGCCUGGUGUGGUCAUUGACGUUCCUUACGUGGGGAAGUAUGUCGAGGGUAACCCUUGCAUUCGAUGGGUCUCGGUCGAUAAUGAGAAGAGAGGAAUCGAUGGGCAGACACAUGGGACUUCUCUUGUCGUUCAUACUAGUGUGCCGUUCGGUAUCAAACACAUAGACAUUCCAAAGCCUGAUGUUCAACCAAUCAUCAUGAAGCAUCUUGAUGACAUAAUCCCGAACCUACCAGAGCCUAGCAGUAUUAAAUGUGUGGGAUGGAGAUAUUCUCAGGUCAGUAAACCUCUGGCAGGGGCUCCUGGUCAUGUGACCAUCGCAGAACAACCAAGCUACCUGUUAUUGGCUGCUGGGGAUGGAUUUAGUCAUUCUAACUUUGAUGGCUGCAUAGUCUCUGCCGAGAGUACUCUUACGAGGCUGCUGGAAUUCUACAAGAAAACCUCACAGCUAUGAAUAUACAUAGAGUUGAUAUCUUUUAUGAGAUGAUGAAAAUGAAUCAUUAUCAAAUGAUUGGACUCUUCUAUACGUCAAGGUCCUGUCAUAUACUGCCAUCACGUUUAAUAACUGAACUCCUUUAAGAUCAGUUCCUGCAUUGAAUAAAAAACAAGAAGCACCUGUUUACACCCUUAUGGAGUAUUAUAUGCUUGUCAGGAUUUGUUUUUUGAGGAUGUGGAAUUAUAUAUUGAAAUCAGACUUUCUUCCAUUGAAUAUCACACCCCUAUUUCCCUUUAUUACACAUUUUUGUUGUUGAUACAUUAAUGACAAAACCUCAACUCCUAGUCUGCAGGCACAGACCCUAAUUGAAACUGACCAAAUGGUGGUUUUUAUACCAGUCUAGCCCAAAAAAGGACAAUUUGUAGGAAUGCCGCGCAAGACAUUCAAAUCCCGGUGUUGCAAGAAAAUAUUUGCAAUCAAUUGCAAAUUUACAAGUGAUAGAUCAAUUUCAAAUAAUAAAAAUUUAUUCAUUCUUGUAUAUGCAAAAAGUAGACCAAUGAUCAAUAGUGAAUUUACAAUUAAUUACAAGAUUAACAAUUGUUCUUGGUACCUGAAAUUGACUUGCAAGCAAUUGCAAAUCUCUCACAACACCCCAUAAGACAGGCCAGGGCCCUGUUGCGUAAAACUGUUUUAUAGUAACUUUACCAUCCAGUGGUAGUUUCAAUGGAAUACUUGAUUUUGAUUGGCUGUUGAGCUCUGAUACCAUGGUAGUUACCAUCUGGUGGAAAAGUUACCAUAAUAGUAACUGUUAUUCAAUGUGGCCCAGGUAACAGCGCCCAGCAACCAAUCCAAAUCAAGAAUUUCAGAAAUAAAUACUGAACACAUAUUGUGCCCACUUUUGUUACAUCAGUAUCUCAUCGCCCCCUGUCUCAUUAUACUUUCUAAAACUAGUUUACUGGAAACCGGUUCAGGAAACCAGUUUGGAAGAUCGCUUUGCUAGCGUUCCCAUUUGAUCACCCGAAAGUGGUUUUCAAAAUCACUCCACGUAAAGCGAUCGUGUUGCUAUGGGAACGCUGUAAGUGGGGUGACACAUUUCGCGCGAAAUUCGAAACCACAGCGUAGGCAUUCCACACACAGUGUGUAGAGUAGCGUGCUCAAAAUGUGUGAAGAUCACUUCCCGAAGAACAGUUGUGUCCUCACUUAUGCUUAAACCAGUUUAAUGAGGCAAAGCGAUCUUCAAAACUACAUCGCGAGGUGGUUUUAUGAACUGGUUUGGAAGAUUGCUUCCAAGAUCGCUUUGACUGUUCUCAUUACACUUUAAACUAGUUUCCACUAAACUAGUUUUAGGAAGGUAGUGAGAAUGGUGUCUUGUAUGUUUGAAAAAAAAUUAAAAGAUAAUACAUAUCCUCAAAUUAGCAAUAAAAUGAUCAGUGGAUGAUUUCAAGUCCGGUGUUGGUGUUGGGAGCACAAUUUGGAUUGCGUUUCCUAGCUCCAAAACUUAUUUUGAGUUUGCAAAAAUGAUCCAGAUCACAAUAGUAAUGGCUCAAUAGCUAAUGAGUGAGGUUAAAGACCAACCUUAUUUUAUGUUUGGAUUUAUGUUCAUGUAUUAAAAGUUGACCUAACACCAACAACCAAAAUGUCAACACUGAACUUGAAAUCACCCAAUGUCUUGCUAUUGAAGUGGCAAAUUUCUCAAUUCCAAAUACAUUGGUAAAGUAUUUCUAUGUGCGUCAGGGAUGUAAUGUUGAAAUAAUAUGCAGCUGUUGGUGGUAAUAUGAAGAAUAGAAGUUGAUAAAACAAAGCUUUUACUGUAUGUGUGUGAAAUAGUUUAUGUUUGUAUACGAGAUGUUUUUGUCGUCAUUACACAAAUCAUGAGAGUAUUCAUUAAAUGACUAUAUUUGUGA